AUGUUUUUCUCACGUCUUGCGCUGCUAGCUGGUCUAAUUAGAUCGGCCGUUGCUGCUACCCCGGCGGAAUGGCGGUCGCAGUCAAUUUAUUUCAUGCUUACGGAUCGAUUUGCGAGGACGGAUGGGUCGAUUAGUGCUGAGUGUAAUACUGGGGAUAGGUUGUACUGUGGUGGUACCUGGAAAGGUAUUGAGAAGAAGCUUGAUUACAUCCAAGGAAUGGGAUUCACUGCCGUCUGGAUUACCCCUGUCACCGGCCAGAUCCCAGGCGACACCGGCUACGGCCAUGCCUAUCACGGGUAUUGGCAGCAAGAUAUUUACUCUCUGAACUCACACUACGGUACAGCCGAUGACCUCAAGUCGCUAGCUUCCGCUUUGCACAAGCGUGGCAUGUACCUUAUGGUCGAUGUAGUGGCCAACCAUAUGGGCUUCAACGGUGCCGGCACCGACAUUAACUACAAGGACUUUCACCCUUUCAAUUCGAUUGCAGACUUCCACUCUUACUGCGAGGUCAAUGACUACGCAAAUCAGACAAACGUUGAAAAAUGUUGGCUUGGCGACACAACUGUCGCACUGGCUGAUCUCAACACGGAGUCCAAAAGCGUGCAGAAGAUCUGGUACAGCUGGAUUCACAAUCUUGUCAAGGACUACUCCAUCGACGGUCUUCGUGUCGAUACUGUUAGACACGUUCAAAAGAGCUUUUGGCCAGCCUACAACAAGGCCGCUGGAGUUUACUGCGUCGGCGAGGUAUUCGAAAAUGAUGUGGACUAUACUUGCGGCUACCAGGAUGUCAUGGAUGGUAUUCUCAAUUACCCGAUGUACUAUCCCCUCCUUGCAGCCUUCAAGUCCACAAGUGGAAGUAUGAGUGAUCUCUACAAUAUGAUCAACACUGUGAAAUCCACCUGCAAGGACUCGACUCUUAUGGGAUCCUUCAUCGAGAAUCACGACAAUGCUCGGUUUGCUUCGUAUACCAAGGACAUAUCUCUCGCCAAGAAUGCAGCCGCAUUCACGAUCAUGGCGGACGGUAUCCCGAUCAUCUACGCCGGCCAAGAGCAGCAUUACAGCGGUGGUAGCGAUCCCUCUAAUCGUGAGGCAACUUGGCUUUCUGGCUACAACGAAAACAGCGAGCUGUACAAGCUCAUUGCCAAGGCAAAUGCCGUGCGUUCGUGGGCCAUUUUCAAGGACCUUAACUAUAUUACUUACAAGAAUUACCCAAUCUACAAAGACGAAAAUACUCUUGCCAUGCGCAAGGGCUACAACGGGAACCAGACCAUUACUGUUCUCUCUAAUUUGGGUGAGAACGGAAGCGAGUACACACUAUCGCUGCCAAAUACCGGAUACUCGGCUGGUAUGAAGUUGACGGAGAUCUUCACUUGCAAGAAUAUCACUGUUGAUAAGAGUGGCAAUGUGCCUGUUCCCAUGGCUUUUGGACGGCCGAGGAUUUUAUAUCCAACUUCGUUGCUAAAGGGGUCGAUGGUUGGAUGCUAG